AUGCCGCUGCCCCCGGUGUCGGAAGCUCCGACCACGAGCGCCAACGUUUCGGUGGCUAUGGGUCACGUAGCAACCGAGCCCACGCUUGCUUCGGGGUCGUGGGCGCCGUCCCAAGAGAAUUCGACAUUGGCGGCGUUCCGGGCCAACCUAACGGCUGACGAUUAUCCCCCAAUGAACGCUUUGGGCUUCGAGCUUCAGGCGUUCCUCAUCGCGCUGUACAGCUUGACCGCGCUGCUGGCGCUGGGCGGCAACGUGAUGGUCAUCGUGGUGCUCCUCCUGGGCCGUCGGUCGUCGCGCGAACUCAGACUGUUCCUGGUGAACCUGGCGCUGUCGGACAUUGCCAUGGCCGUGUUCUCCAUCCCGUUCACCUACACCGACUUCAUGCUGGGCCGCUGGAUCUUCGAGCCUCUCUUCUGCCCCGUCGUGCUCUUCAUGCAGCACGUUUCGGUCAUCGUGUCCGUCUACACGCUCACCGCCAUCGGAGUCGACAGUUCGGAACGCAGUUCGCCGAGCCAGGACUUCUUGUUAUAG